AUGGACCAGGACAACCACCUCACCCAGGACGAAGAUACCCAUAUGGGCCACAAUCACACAACCUUCGGCGCCGAGAGCUGGGGAGAUAUGAGUCCAUACGGCCAUCAGAACAGCAUGUCGGAUUUCGGAGGCUUCACGUUCAUGCCAUCAGUCACCCAUGGAUUACCGUCUGAGUCAAUCGGCAGAAUGCCUCCUCCGCCAGCUCCUGUGCAGCCGAUGCAGACUCAUCAACAACAGUCUCAUGCCCAGCUACCGAUGCUCAUGAUCCCGUCUCAGCCAACGUGGCCCAGCAUGUUGACCAACCCUAACAGCUAUUCGGCACCUCCCUUGGGAAUGGCACCCGUCGUUGCCCCAGCCCCUUCAAGGCCUACACGGCUGACAAACGGCCCGCAGCCGCAACAGCGAAGGGUCUUGACCGACGACGACCGGAAGAAAAUGUGUCAGUAUGCUGCUGAGCAUCCCAACGUGAAGCAGACGGAUAUCGGCGCCAUGUUUGGCGUUGAACGAAGCACCGUAUCCAAGGUUCUACGCAACAAAGAGAAGUACCUGAACCCGGAGGCGGACAGAAGUCAAUCUCCCGCUGGCAGGCGUCACACCAAGGGAAAGUUUCCUGACAUCGAUCGGGCCGUUGCGGCAUGGGUCAGGAGACAGCAACACGCCGGAUUAACACCUAGCGACGAUGAGAUUCUCGAUCAAGCAAAGCACUUUUCUCGUACCACCAACGGCGGACCUGAGGCCAGCCAGAUGAAGUCCAUCAACACCACUUGGUUGGAGAGGUUCAAGCAGAGGAACAUUCUGGUAUCAGGGAAGCUCUUGCGAAGAGCAUCGGAAACGAACAUCACAGACCACGCGAAACUAUCUGGCUCUCCCUCUCUUGGAGCAUCCGGCAUCUCACCGGCAUCGCCAACAGGACACCCAUCUCCACUUUCGGCCGACAGAAGUGAUGAGGACGCUGUUCACGGUCUCGGUUUUGUCGGAUAUGGUGAUAGCGGCGCCUACAAACACACCAACUCGCAAAGCACUACGUCUCUCAACAGCGCGUUAACCGAUGCGGGAAACUCGUCCUUCUCGGGAAGUGCGAUGAGUCCCACCGCCACAUUUACAUUCUCCCCUGACCCCAACGCCGGCCAGUUCCUCCCCAACGAUACGUCACGCCAACUGCAUGGAGGGGCUGCUUCAAACUUUCAGAGACCAAGAAGCCAAACCUUUCCCACUCUCGAUCUGGAGUACAUGAACCAGGCCGCAUCAACCGAGCCCAUGACUCCCAAGUAUCACCCGGCGUCUACGGCGCCUUCUUCUGCUUUGGAAUCGCCGGUUCACGAAAUGGCAGCACCCCACUUUGGCCUAGAUACCGCCAUUACUUCAUCGCCGCAUCUGCACCACAGCAGCAGCAACAGUAGCAUGGCUGGUCGAUCAGCCACGACUCCAGCCGGGUCAUCUCCGACAUCACCGACACAAGAGGAUGCUCGAAAAGCUGCGGACACAUUGCUGAGUUACAUCCAAAGCACCAAUGGGGGAGCCUUGUUGGACCAAACGGAGUAUGUGGUGAUGGUCAGGUUGACGGAGAAAUUGCGCCUACAACAGCAUCAGCUUGCGAAAUCCGGGGUACCUCAAUCCCUAGGCAUUUUGGACCGGAUACCUGAAGGAGACACCGAGAUGGCACCGCAACACCUCGCGUAUAAUCUCCUUUUUCGGCAAGAAUAUUAUUCGUCAUUCUUCAAGGCGUUUGUUUGUUUGUUUGCUUUGAUUCUGGACUGGAUUGGGAAACAGGCCAUCCCGCGCAUGGCAUGCACCCGACGAGAGUUCUGCAAAGAGCACAUCCCCCUCGCCGGGACCGGAUUUCCGAUUUUUGGGAAAACUAAAGCCCACUUCACAAUGGCGAUACCUAUCAUGGGGAAUAUGACACCCCAGGAAUACACGGUCAAUGUCUCACGACAGCCCCGAGGCUUUUCUCGAUUGGAUCUUGAGGCUUCAGACUUCGCGACAAUAAUCUCGGGCGCCUGUGUCUUCCCACCACCGGUCCACAGUCUCACGACAAGACAACGGCGCGGAGACAUUUUCUCUAUUACCUUGAAACAACAGCAUCACUAUUAUCCAUCCCAUUCGAAACUUCAGUCGAGACAUCCAUAUACCCCAUUCUUAUCGACGCUCACGCUCCCCUCGAGGGAAGACCAUUCCGCUCACGCGAAACACCGCAAAAUUCUCCAUGCGCCACAUCGAUUCAAGCCUGGUUUUCGAUAUUUCCCCGAGCACGAAAUUCGCAACCAUUUCACCAUUUUGAUACUGUAUUAUCCUAGCCUUCUCUUAUACACUCUCUGCAUCUGUGAGGCGACAAGGAUAGGAAGCAAGGAGAGGAUUCCGGUUGGUUGGGAGGUGGCCGGUCAGCCAGGCACGGUAUCUACAAGGGGCGGGUGUCACGGAAAGGGGCAAAGGCUUUUUGAGCCGGGCACGGGUUAUCAUAAUUGUUCAACGGGCUAG